UUCUAGGUUUUGAAUUGAUUCAAAUUAGAAGCUCACCAAUAUUGUUUUGAUUCAUUUUUAAUAGAAAUUAUAUAUAGGAAUGAAGAAACGGAUGUAAUGACUACACGUAAACGAGCUUGGAAUAAUUCGGCUUUUGCCAACUGCACCAAGUCUGAUAGUUGUGCCGAGACGGUUGUCGUUGACAAUGAUGCAGAAACAGUGCCAAGUAAUGAUCUUACCGGUGAAGCAAAAAUUAUUGGAAAUAAUGAAAAACAACAAACAACAAAAACUGUGUCAAAAUCUUUAAAAAAUACCCCCAAUUGGAUUGAUAUAUUUGAGCCUAGCAUGAGUGAUGAUGUCGCUGUACAUCCAAAAAAAUUGGCAGAAUUACAAAACUGGCUGUUGCAUUGUGAGGCGGUGCAUAAGCAACAUCCGGCACAAAUUUGCCUACUAACUGGGCCGUCAGGUGCGGGAAAAACUGCAGCAGCACGUGUCUUAACGCGAUCAAUGAAAUAUGAGUGGCAAGAAUGGAUUAAUCCGGUGGAUCGUGAUUUCAUUAACACUUUGGGAGACCAAACCAGCAGCUAUAAUGGUUCUCAACUUGAUUUAUUUAAGUCGUUCUUAUUCCGAUCGUCACGUUAUAAAUCACUGUUCGGCAGGGAGAAACGUUUGGUCAUUGUAGAGGAUUUUCCAAACAUCAUACUAUCAAAUACUGAUACAUUUGAAAAUAUACUGGAAGAAUAUUCUAAGUAUGGAAAAUCACCACUUUUGUUUAUUGUGACAGAUUCAAAAACGCGCUCGCUAAAUGUUAGUUAUAAUUUGUUCACCGAGCAGGUUAAAAAUAAAUACCACAUUAAUCACAUUAGUUUUAAUCCCAUUGCCGUGACGCUGAUGCAAAAAGCAAUGAAACGAUUUUGUACGCUCAUGAAGACACCACAGUUAGCUGAUACUUACUGUGUACCGUCACAAACUAUUAUUGAUUCUAUAAUAAUUGCAGCACAAGGUGACGUUCGCAAUGCGAUAAUAAAUUUGCACUUUGCGUCAAUAAAAGGAGCAGGAACUUUGCCUAUUGAACGCUUGGAAUCUGGUGAAGUUAAAGGAAAAUCUAAAAAGAAAAUGUCUACAUUGAAAACAAUUCGACGGGAUGAGUCGGUUACAAUGAUGCAUGCCUUGGGGAGAGUAUUCAAUCCCAAACAUCUACCCAAUGGUAGUUUUAUACAUAAGCCAGAAGAUAUAACCGAUAGCUUUACCUCAGAGCCAAAACGAUUUAUUAAUCUUAUACACGCCAAUUAUUUGCCUCAUUUCAAAGAUAUCGAACAUAUAGUUGAGGCAGGAGAUGCCUUAAGUAUAGCUGAUAACAUUAUCUCUGAGUACCGUGAGGAUGCAUUAGCAGUUACAGCGCUUAACCUAGCCGUACACAGCAUUAUGGUGGCAAAUCAAACUCCUGUUAGCGCAUGGUUGCCCAUUCGAGCACCAACGCGCAAUCAACAAGGUUUUGGGCCUAAAUCACAGCAAAUGACUGGCAUAUCCACCAAUUUAUAUGCUACAGAUUAUGGUAGCUAUGUGCAUAUCAUUCAGGGCGUUAAGAAAAUUUAAUUCGAACCACAAUAAAAGGCUAAAUUUUAGUUGUAUAGUAAGAAUCUUAUUUAUUAACUUUGUAAGAGAUUAUGUUCCUACUAAGUAAUGUACUGAUGUAGUCUAUAUUGAAUGCUUUAUUGUUUUAUUUGUAUUUUCUCUUCUUUUUUCAUCGUAUGCUUUAUUGUAGAUCAAUAUUUUGGAAUAAACUACUGCCCUUACUUAUUAUAAACAAAGUGUAUGUGCCUAUAUGUAUAUGUAUAUGUAUGCGGACAUUGAAACAACAUUAAAUAUAAUAGAUGUGUGCUUUUUUUUGUUUAGUAAAUCGCGUAUAUUUGUAUGAAUGCCAAAAAAAAAUACAUUUGUAUAAAACUAGGAAAUGCUAUAAAUACUUACAAUAAAAACUUAUUCAUAUAUUUGGAGCAAUUAUCAAA